GUCCACUUUGGCGGCGACGAUGUGAGCCUGUACGGGACCCCGAAGGAGGAGCCGGGGCCCGGCCCUAUGGGCGCCCCGCAAGGGGAUGGGCCCUCCAAGCCUUCCUUCCUCAAGAACCAGCUCCAGGCCCUCUUCCAGCCCACCGACAACAAGCUGGCCAUGAAGCUGUUCGGCUCCAAGAAGGCGCUGAUGAAGGAGCGGAUCCGACAAAAAGCCGCCGGACACUGGGUCAUCCAUCCCUGCUCCAGCUUUCGCUUCUACUGGGACCUAUGUAUGCUUUUGCUGCUUGUGGCCAACCUUAUCAUACUGCCUGUCGCCAUAUCCUUCUUCAACGACGACCUCAGUACGCGAUGGAUAGCUUUCAACUGCCUUUCGGACACUAUAUUUCUUAUAGAUAUUGUUGUCAACUUUCGUACCGGCAUAAUGCAACAAGACAAUGCAGAACAAGUAAUAUUAGACCCCAAAAUAAUAGCAAAAAACUACCUCAAGACUUGGUUCUUUUUGGAUCUCAUCAGUUCAAUACCUCUAGACUAUAUCUUUCUGAUAUUCAACCAGUUCGCAAAGUGGAAGGGACAGUCAUCGAACUCGGACUUCAGCGAAAGCUUCCAAAUACUGCACGCAGGAAGAGCACUUCGUAUCUUGCGGCUGGCGAAGCUCCUGUCUCUCGUGCGGCUGCUCAGGCUGUCCAGGCUCGUGCGAUACGUCAGCCAGUGGGAAGAAGUAUACCUGCCUCCUCCUCCAUCGCCCAGCGGACAUCUUGGAUAUGAAUCGACGGCGCGUAAGCGCUCCCAAGGAUCCUCCCCGCCCGGAUCUGAGGGCGGGAGAGACACCCCACAGCUUCAGAAGAUCUUGCAGAAUCUGCAAAAAAAGCGCUCUGAAAGACGGGGAAGGCGCGCUUCUGAUGCUGCCACCAAGAAAAAGUCUAGGUUCACAAAAAGCAACCUGAUUUUUAAGUUCCUCAACAUGGCAAGCGUCUUCAUGCGAAUAUUCAACCUCAUCUGCAUGAUGCUGCUCAUUGGCCACUGGUCGGGUUGCCUGCAGUUCCUCGUCCCCAUGCUCCAGGGCUUUCCAGCCAACUCCUGGGUCGCCAUCAACGAGCUCCAGGACGCAUUUUGGCUGGAGCAGUACUCGUGGGCGCUGUUCAAGGCCAUGUCGCACAUGCUGUGUAUCGGGUAUGGCCGCUUUCCCCCGCAGUCCCUCACGGACAUGUGGCUCACUAUGCUCUCCAUGAUCUCGGGGGCCACUUGCUACGCGCUCUUCCUCGGCCACGCGACCAACUUAAUCCAGUCCCUUGACUCUAGCAGACGGCAGUAUCGGGAACGGGUGAAACAAGUCGAGGAGUACAUGGCGUAUCGCAAACUGCCUCGGGAGAUGAGGCAGCGAAUAACAGAGUACUUUGAACAUCGGUAUCAGGGCAAGUUCUUCGACGAAGAAGCUAUACUUGGCGAGCUUUCCGAAAAGCUGAGAGAGGACGUGAUCAACUACAACUGCCGGUCGCUGGUAGCAUCCGUCCCCUUCUUUGCCAACGCUGAUGGGAACUUCGUGUCAGACGUGGUGACCAAGCUGCGCUACGAAGUCUUCCAGCCAGGCGACAUUAUCAUCAAGGAGGGCACGAUCGGAAACAAGAUGUACUUCAUCCAGGAGGGCAUCGUCGACAUUGUCAUGCUCAACGGGGAUGUGGCCACCUCUCUCUCGGACGGAUCCUACUUCGGCGAGAUCUGCCUGCUGACGAACGCGCGGCGGGUGGCCUCGGUGCGAGCCGAGACGUACUGCAACCUCUUCUCGCUGUCCGUGGAUCACUUCAACGCCGUCCUGGACCAGUACCCGCUCAUGCGUCGCACUAUGGAGAGUGUGGCGGCCGAGAGACUCAACAAGAUUGGCAAGAAUCCCAACCUGGUGUCGCACCGCGAGGAGGAAGAGGAGGAGCUGGGCUCGGACUCCAAGACCAUCAAUGCGGUGGUGAACGCGCUGGCCGAACAGGCCGAGAUUGUGGACACGUCGGAGGAGUCGGUUGGGCGACACUCCUCUUCGGAGACCUCCAAGAGCCUGCACGAGCUGGCGGGCCACUCGCUGCACAUCCUGAACCUCCCGCGGCCCAAGAGCGAGAACAACUUCGCGGCGGUGCAGGAGCUGCCGCCGCUCGCCUCGCUGGCCGUGGGCGCCGCCCGCCCCCUCUUCCACAAGUCGGACACUUUUCACAAGGACACCGCGUUCCAAUGACCCUGACCCUAGCCCGCUGGGGCCAGGCCACCAAAACUACUCUUAUUUUUGUACUCGGGGUGACUCGCAGACCAAUCAUCAUCACCCAUCCUUUCUCCCCCUGUCCCCACCUCCUUU